UGUAUAGACACGCUUUUAUAUCUCUCAAAUACAAUUUAGAGGUUAAGUAAUGCUUGCUUAGUCUGUGGUCUAAGUUAUAAUCUUUAUUUUCAAAUUAGUUUGUAUAAACUAACUGAAUUUAUUACAGCAAUACCAAUGGAAUUUUUUGUUUAACUAUAACGUAUUUCCAAUAUCAGAAGGAUGAUGAACUAUGCAAUCAAACCUCGAUCAAGGACUUUCUUUAAAAAUUUAAGAUUGUGGAUUUGUCUGAUCAUCAGUAGUAUGGUCAUUUUCACCUUGAUUUUGUUUAACAGACAAAAUGAUUUGGGAAUCAAAGUAUAUGAUUCUACAGUAAAAUUUCCUGAGAUUCUCAGGGCUGGGAAAUUCCUGACUGGAGAGAUUCUUGCAGCAGACGAUACUAAAGUAAUAAAGCGGCUAGCAAGCAAUUUCUUAGUGCCUCCUCCUGAAGUAGGACCUAAAUUUAAGUACAACCUAGAAAAUCCCAAGCUUAAAGAUACUUCAAUGGGACAAGCUGAACAGAUUAGAAAAGUUCUAAACAAUAAGAGGAACGGGUUCUUCAUAGAGUGUGGUGCGCUGGAUGGUGAGACUCGUUCCAACACUCUUUACCUGGAGAGGUUCCUAGACUGGACAGGACUGCUGAUAGAGGCAGAUCCGCUCAACUUCAGCCAGAUGCUUCAUAAGAACCGCCGAGCCUGGCUGUCUCCGACCUGCCUCAGCAAGACAACACAUCCGCAAGUGGUUUCGUUCAAGCAAGACUUCAAUGUGGGAAGGAUAUCAGACAAGAACAUAGGUGAGGAGAGGCCAGGAUAUGUUGAUGUUCAAUGUUUCCCACUCUACUCCUACCUUCUAGCAAUGAACAUCACCCAUGUAGACUACUUCAGUCUGGAUGUGGAAGGGGAUGAGCUGAACGUCCUCAAGACGAUUCCAUGGGACAAAGUAGACAUUGAUACACUGUCAGUGGAGUUUGUCCACGUAAAUGACGGUAAGGAUUCCAUCCGAGACUUUAUGACGUCCAAAGGUUACGUAGUUGCUGCAGAAGUCACUCAUCCUGAUUGGUUAGCUAACGACUUUAUUUUUGUUAAAAAAUCUCUUAUCUCCUAAACAACUUUAUAUUAGCCUAGGAAAUCUGCCUACUAGAACUUAAACAUUCUCUCGUAUUUUAAGACAUCCUUUUCUACCUUAGAAUUCCCAAAUGAAUUUGUAAAUAAGAUGUAUACAGAGUGACAGAGUUUAUUUAAUAGUUUAUACUUAUUGUUUACAAGCUUUAGCUAAAAUUUGUACGGUUGUGAGGGGUGUUGUAUUAUUAGAUUGUAUGAUUUGUUGUUGCACAAAUUUAAUUUUAUUACCUUCAUGCUAGUCAUUUUCAAAUUUUGUGUUUUCUUAUAAUUAGAGUAAAACAUGACAAGAUGUUUGGUUUUUUUAUCACAUUUAUUUAUGAAGCACACAGAGGAAAGGGAUACCAAGAUUGCUCAAUAAGUAUUUAAUACUUUCAGUUAAAACAACAAUGGUAGCCUUUAAUUAAGUGAUUAUUAUUGCAGAAUUUUCCUUUUACUAUCAUACAUGCAGAAGACUUUCAAGAUGUUCUUAAUUUUUUCUAUGUAUUGAUAGCAUUUCAAAUGUUAUACAAUAUCCCUAAGGUUUAGAGGUGAAACUAUCAACAAGAGAUUUUUGACUUAUAUAGGCUUACCUCUGUUAGUAGUCCAAAAUUGCGUCUUAUUUCAACUAAUAAUGUUGUUCAAAGCUUACAUGUUUCGUUGCACUGCAACAUUGUCAGAGCUUUAUGUCAAAAACAUCAAAUAAUUUAAACAUAGAAUAAAACACGGAACAUUUAAACAUGAAAUAACACGAUAGCGCUAUCAUGACACGGCACGGCAGCAGUUGUAAGUAGACUAAGUCUACCUUAUUCUAUGUUUAAAUUAUUUGAUGUUUUUGACAUAAAGCUCCGACGAUGUUGCAGUGCAACGAAACAUGUAAGCUUUGAAAAACAUUAGUUGAAAUAAGACACAAUUUUGGACUACUGAUGGAGGUAAGCCUAGAUAUAAGUCAAAGUCAUUAUUCGAAGUCCAGGGGCUAUCAGAAUGAAUAAUAAGAGAUUAUAAGUAUAACCAUUCAUAAUACUGUUAGACAGAAUCAUUAGUUAGGCCUAUGUUUGGUUGUUCCAGUAGUAUUUCCCAUUAAAACUGUCCAAAAGAUUUCUCAGAAGAGUUUGUUUUUAACAUUUUCUAAAUGAUCCAAAAUCUAUUUAUACCAACUGCUUACACCCCAACCAAAUAUUUAAUACUCGCUCCAACAAAUUUGUUUUUGUGAACUUCAAAUUGCCCAACAUUUUUCCUUUAGCAAUAGCUCAGUGUUUGUUAACAAUAGCUUUUUCAAUUGUUUCUAAUCUUAGUAAAUUGUGAUAUAUUUUAAGAAACAGGAGUUUUCUAACCACAAGUUUACUAGCUAAUUCUCAUAUAUCUUUCUCACGUGUUGUCUAUAUCUUUUUAGUUGUAGUAUUUACAACAUAAGAUAACUCUGGUUUAUCAUUUUGAUUUGAUAAAUAAAUAAAGCACACAAAACACUAUUUAAUUAAUUUUGUUUAAAAGGAUCUUUAUCAAAAGGAAAAAUAAAACAAGUCAUGACAAAAUAAAAAAGUUAUAAAUAAAUUUCCGUUGUGUUUUUAGUGUAAAUUUGGAAGUCUACAUAUUUUAGGUAGGUUUAUCAAGAUUCCCCAGUCCUUUCUAUGUAGGCCUAUAUAACUAAAAAACCGAUUAAUUUAUAGGAUUUUAAAAUAAAAUCAUAUACUCAAAGACAUUUAUUAGGGUUUUUUUAGGAUGAACAAAUAAAUGAAAUAUUAAUUGUGUUUAAAAAUAACUGCUUCUAUAGUUUAGUUUGUUAUCUUAUUAAUAUUUAUAUUUUCUAUUAUGUUAUUUAUUGGUUCUCAUUUACUAGUUUUAAAGUAGUUCAGAGUUGUUUGGUCAGUUGAAUGUCUUUAGUAAAAAUAAUAUGAUUCUGAUUGAUCCUAGUAAUUGGUAACAAAUUUACAUUAUUGUUUCAAUUGUGAUGUUCUUAACUUAACCUGUCUAAUGUCUAAGACUGUGUAUUUGCAGUGGAGGAAGUUUUUUAAAUGUUUAAACAUAGGAUUAGAAAUUAAAUUACUAUUUUGGAUCAACAAGAUAUAAGAUUUAAACCAGAUUUAACCAAGGUUAAAACAAGAUUGUUAUAUUUGUUAUAAUCAAUGAAAUAUGAAAUAUUUUUGUUAAUGUUUUUUUUUUCUAUCAUUACUUGCAUAAUUUUAUAACACUGUUAACUAUUUAUUUUUUAUGUUAAGUUAGACAAACUUCCUAUACCAAAGACUUUUAUUUUAAAAUUUCAGCAACAAAACUUAGAUCAAAUAGGGUCAAACAUAUUUCUUAAAAAGAAACAUAUUUCUUGAGUAUUAAUAAUUAUCUUAAAUAACACUCUCUUUAAAAGGGUUACAAUCAUAGCUUUUUUGUGUUUCAUUCGAUUUAAGCAUCAAAUAAGUUGAGAUGUAGCAUCAGUAACAGUCUGUGAUCCCUUUAAUAUUAAGUAAAAUGACAUGUCACAAGAAAAGGUUUGCUCAAAAAAAGUUGUAUAAGUGCGUAAAAAAGAAUUACAGUAAAAAAGCAAAGGGCUAAGUAAAAUAUAGUUCACAAUUUCUUCAGAAGGUAACAACUGUAUUGUGUGCAGUAAAACAUGUUGUUCUCUACUGGUAUGUAAAAUAAUAUACAGUCAAACAACCCUAAGACAGCAGUUUUGCCCAAUGCAGGGAUAUAGAGGAAAGGGUCUAUUGUGGCAGAAAAUAAUGACCUUUCAAAAACAUUUGUUUUGUCACCAAGCCACCAGCUAUCUGAGACUUACCCUCCUCAAACCCCUGCCGACAUUAAUUUUCCUUGUGUGGUUGAAAUUAAGGAAGACCCAACGUUUACUUAAACGAUAGUGCAGCGUUUUCACCCCAUUUGCGAAGUGCCUUGUCAGGGUGGUUUGACUGUAACCUUGCAGCAGAACUCUUAUAUUCCUAGGACCUUGAUUUCGGAACCCACAAAUUACAGCAAAGUAAUAUAAGAAGUUAAAAACAAGCGUUCCCAAUAACUAAGCAGCAUAAAGGUCAGAAAUGUAUUGACCAGUUUUUAAAUUAAUGGUAUAUACAAUUUCUUGGCUUGUAAAACUUGUGUAGGAAAAAUACACUAUGUAUUUAUGGUAUUUAAAAUAAAAUAUCUGAAUGCAAUUUACUCUUGCUGAGCCCUUCAAGACUUGUUGACAGAAGGCGAGCGAAACUCAGGUUGGAUAUUACGAGAAGUAGGUUAUUCUGAGAGUAUUCUUCAUGUGUGGGCUUUCGCAGCUGGUUUCAUUGAAAUCCAUGGUGAUGGUUUGGUUUUUGGUGUCAACCGCGUCAAGCAAGCGAAGUAUGCAUUCCUGCAUUCCACGCACGCCGAUGACCUCACCCCAGCUAUAAGUAUACCUGGACGAAUUUCUUUGACUUAGUCUCAGCCUAGCCACUAAGGAUGCCACUUCAUAGUAAGGGCAAAACGUCUGGCAGUGAAAUUCAACUGCCGACGCGGUUGACACCAAAAACCAUCACCAUGGAUAUUCUGAGAGUACUGUAAUGAAUAUCCUGAGUUUAUAUAUAUAUUUGGAGGAAUUGGUUAUUGUGAGAUCAGAUAUUAGGAAAAGUCCAUUAUCCUAGGGUUAGAUAUUUGGGGAAGUAUGUUAUCCAGAGAUCAGAUAUUUGGGAGAGUCCGUUAUCCAGAGAUCAGAUAUUUGGGAUGGGGAUGCUGGGGUUGUCCAAUAUACAGAGAUCAGAUAUUUGGGUGAGUCUUUUAUUCUGAGAUCAGAUAUUUGGGGUGAGGUUGUCCAUUAUCCUCAGAUAAAAUUUUUUGGGGUAGUCCGUUAUCCUCUGAACAGAUAUCUGUGGGAGUCCGUUAUGCUGAGAUCUUGUACUUUUGUGAGUCCAAUUUUGGGAUCAGAGAUGUUGGGCAGAGGUGGUUAUCCUGAGGUCAAUAUAGGGAUUCUACUAUAAUAAUAAAGAACAAAAUACAUAAUUUAUUUUUAAUUUUAGAUCAGAUAUGACUAGAUUAUCAAUGACGCUGAUACACACCUGGAUGUGUAAGGUUUGGCAGAAAUGUUGUAAAUAUGAGUGAUAGGUGAAUGAGUGAUAGCUUUGUUACUGACUCUCGGUUAGUUGCUAAUUUAGCCACAGCUGUUUAUUAAAAUGUUAACGAUCUAUGGCAGCUGGGUCCAGUAUUAAAUCAUCAAAAAGAUUUAAUGUUUAAAAUUACCAUAAAAGUUUUGACAAGUCUAUGAUAGAUGAGGGAUGAGUUAGUUAGGAGGUAAGGUAUAAUGUGGUGCUAACGAGAAAUUGAAAUAACAUUUUAACUUAGGUAGCUUUGUAGCUAUCCAAAUCUAGGAUAUCGAUAGUUUGACCUACUUUUGUAGUACUUUGGUAAUGUUUGAAAACUAACAACAAUGAAUACACAAACUAUAAAGAAGAACAGGUCCUAU